AUGAAGUUAUGGACAGUGUUAUCUCUAUGUGUAUUCGUUUGUGCUAAACAUGAGCACUAUACGGGAUGGCAUUCCUACUACAUAGAACCUAGCACCCAGGAACAGCUCCAAGCAUUAGGCGUGAUACUCCAAGAAUAUGCUGUGGAUGUUCUGAGCCAUCCAAUCUUAAAGCGACCAGGAAUCGUCCUUGUAAGACCUGAACACCAACAUGGCUUCACAAAGGCUUUAGAAACAGAGGGAAUCGCAUACAGGAUGUAUUCUUCUGAUGUGAAGAGGGCUCUUGAUCAUGACGACAGACGUAUGCAGGCAAAGAAAAUUGAAAAUCUAGCAAGACACAAAAAGGAAUUGCCUUACGACAAUUAUCAGGAAUUGGAAAAGAUUGACGAAUACCUAGUCGAUAUUGCAAACCGUUACCCUGAGAAAGUUACACUUGUGACACCAGCAAAUUCAUUCGAAGGUCAUCCUAUCAAAUAUUUAAAGAUUUCCAGUACCAAUUUCGAGGAUAUCAGUAAACCAGUGAUAUUUAUCGAUGGUGGUAUCCACGCCAGGGAAUGGAUCGCUCCACCUACCGUGACAUGGGCUAUUCACAAGCUUGUAGAAAACGUGACAGAACCUGACCUUUUGGAUGCGUUUGACUGGAUUCUCUUACCGGUGGUGAACCCGGAUGGAUAUAAAUUCACUUUUACUGGCCCUCGCUUCUGGCGUAAGACGCGUUCCAUUAACGAGGAUCCCUCAAGCAUUACAUGUCCUGGAGUCGACGGUAACCGCAACUACGAUUUCUUUUGGAAUACCGUUGGCACUGAUGACAGUCCAUGCACUGAAACAUAUGCUGGCAGUGAACCAUUCUCAGAAGUUGAGACUAGAGUCGUUAGGGACAUUCUUCAUGAACAUCUUAACAGAAUAGCUCUAUACAUCACCAUGCAUAGUUAUGGAAGUAUGAUUCUUUAUCCGUGGGGACACGAUGGAACUUUUUCCAACAACUCUAUGGACCUCCACGCAGUCGGUGUGGCUAUGGCUGAUGAAAUACAAGCCAAGUCUUUAUCUCACUUUCCAAAAUACGUUGUCGGCAAUUCCUUUCAAGUUAUUGGAUAUGCAACAUCCGGAUCUUCAGAAGAUUAUGCUCAUUCUAUUGGCAUUCCUUUGGCAUAUACUAUUGAGUUGCCUGGUCUUGGUCAAAGCUUUGAAGGAUUUCAUUUGGACCCGAGCUAUAUCGAGCAAGUUUGCUCUGAGACUUGGGAGGGGUUUGUUGCGGGAGCAGCCUUAGCUGGGGAAUUAUUUACUAACAAAUGA